AGACAAGUGAAGCUCUCUCCCUCACGGUUAGCUUUGCUAGGUUAAAUAGUAGUCUUAAUUUCUUCUUUCCAAUCGCGCCUUUCAGGAAAGUACAUACGCCCCAUGGAGCCGGUUUUCGAUAUCCCCGACUCAACAGAUUGGCUCAGCACUCCCCUUUCCGGCCUCUCUCGCGUCGAAUCCGCCCUCCGCUGCCAGGUCUGCAAAGACCUCUUCAAGAACCCCGUGACAACAUCGUGUUGCCACACGUUCUGCUCAAUAUGCAUACGACGAUGUCUAUCCGCUGACGGGAAGUGUCCCACUUGCAGAGCAGAUGACCAGGCUGUGAAGCUGCGACAAAAUUGGGCGGUGGACGAAGUGGUUGAUUCGUUCAGACAAGUGCGAGGGGAUCUUCUAGGAUUUGCAAGGAAUCUUUCGGCGGGACCCAACAGCGAUAGUAGAGAGGCUAGGAUCCCGAAAAAACGGAGAAUAGAGGAGAUGCAAGAUGCGACUUCACAAGAGAACGGGAGGAGCCCUCCGAAAACUCGAUCGCAAAGCGCGUGGCGAAAUAAUGGAGCAUUAUCUACAUCUAGCACUCCAAUGGUCAUUGAUAAUAGCGAGGAUGAUGAUUAUCAGCCUGAUGAUGGCCUCGUUGCAUGCCCAAUCUGCAACCGAAGGAUGAAAGAGGAAGCAGUAUUCCCACAUCUUAACAGAUGCCCUGGCCCUUCGUCACAAAAGGAGCCACAGCCCAAUCGUAUCUUUUCUCUUUCCAGUCCCCGCAAAACCCCGUCCUCCAACAAACCCCCAGAACGCCUCCCUACGAUUAAUUAUUCUGUGAUGAAAGACACUGACAUGCGGAGAAAGUUGAGAGAACUCGGAAUCCCCGAGUUCGGGCCAAGAAUACUUCUCCAAAAACGGCACACCGAAUGGCUGAAUCUGUGGAAUGCCAACUGUGAUUCCAAGAGCCCCAGAUCCAAACAAGAAUUGCUCCGUGAAUUGGAUAUUUGGGAGCAGACUCAGGGGAUACGAUCCAGAGAUCAGACGAACUCCAUCAUGAAAAAGGACUUUGAUGGAGCUGCCUGGUCAGCUGCACAUGGAGACGAUUUCAGGAAGCUUAUUGAGAGCGCUCAAAAGAAACGUGAAUCGCGGGUUGCUCCCGCCUCUGAAUCGCUUCCAGCAAGUAAACAACUUUCGACGGAGACCGCAGAUCCCCAAGAUGCUCAGAUUGGAGAUAGCAAUGCCCAGGGUAACGAGAGUCCUGAUAAGAUAGACCAUCAUACCCCUGCGGAUAGCGGUCUCGACUCCCAACCUGGAAUUGAGGGCGGAAGUCAGAGAAUUGUCGUUGAAGACACUACCGCAUGAUCAAAUGAUCAAGGGAGCAUUUCGACGAUCUCCCUCUACGCCGUCAAGCCGUGCACUUACCAACGAACGGGCCAUUGCACAGCAUUGGGUGAUCAGUCGGCAUGCACCCUUGUUUCUUCACUGCUUUUCAAACCACUGUCGUUAAUCGACAUCUGGGAAAGCUUGUUAAUGCUCUCCUCCAGUUCCGCGUUCGAUAUGGCAGUAGAUUGUACCUUUGCCCUUUCUUCGGGUCCAAGGAGUUUUAACUUGUCCAACUCCGCCAGUUUCUCUCUGGUGGCUUUCG